AUGGAACAAAACAUAUUUUCGGUCACAAAUGUAAUUCCUUAUGGCCCUCUUUACGAUAAAGUAAAAAAGGUGAAAAAUAACGAUCAAGAUGAAAAUUAUCCCGUUGUAGAAGAAUACGAAAAGUUACUAAAAAUAUAUGAGAGACCAAAUCCGUAUGAUUCAAAUGGCUGUUUAAAAUUCAACAACAAUGAUGAUUUGAUAUUAUUUCAGAUCGACUUAGAUUACACUGUGGAAAAUAUAUUUCGAAACGUGAUUUAUAGUAAUGAAGGUUCUACUAAUAAUAGCGAUUCUAAAUGUGAUAGUAUCUAUGAACCAUAUAAAGCAAUCCUAGGCACAGAAAAAAAUUUCGUAUCUGUUCCAAUUAUUCGAAUAUACACCAUCACAAAUUGCGGAUAUAGUGUUUUAGUGAAUGUUCACAACUUUUUCCCAUAUUUUUAUGUAGAGAAACCAAACGGUUUUAAUAAUGAUGAUAUGAUAAAACUUGAAUCGAUGCUAAAUGAAACCCUGAGUCUAAAUAAUCAAUUUAAGAUGUAUGAAAAUAAAAUAUUAAAAAUCGAAACUGUUCAAACAGAAAGUAUUAUGUAUUUUAAAAAAUCAGGAAAAACGGAUUUUUUAAAAAUAACUGUCUUAUUACCUAAGAUGGUUCCAUCAUUAAAAAAAUAUUUUGAAAAUGGUAUAACUGUUAACAGUAAGCAUUUUGGUGGUAUCGUAUAUGAAGCCAAUUUACCAUUUAUUUUAAGGUAUAUUAUUGAUAAAAAAAUAACUGGUUCAUCAUGGAUUAAAUGUGAAAAGAAUAGUUAUAUUAUACGAAGUAAAAACAAACAAUCGUCUAAUUGUACAUUUGAAAUAGAUAUACAUUAUGAAAAUAUAGAACCUAUGCCGUUAGAAAAUGAAUAUCAAAAAAUUCCCAAAUUAAGAAUCCUUUCCUUUGAUAUUGAAUGUAUAAAAUUAGAUGGAAAAGGUUUUCCAGAAGCCAAAGCAGAUCCUAUUAUACAAAUAUCAUCAAUUUUAUAUUUGCAAGGUGACCCAAUUGAAAAUUGUGCAAAAUUUAUUUUUACACUUUUAGAAUGCGCUAGUAUACCUGGUUCAAAUGUUAUAUGGUUUAAUGAUGAAAAAACAAUGUUAGAAGCAUGGAACGAAUUUAUUAUAAGAUUAGACCCUGAUUUUUUAACAGGCUAUAAUAUCAUAAAUUUUGAUAUACCAUAUAUAUUAAACAGAGGUACCGCUUUAAACUUAAAAAAAUUAAAAUACAUAGGUAGAAUAAAAAAUAUUCCAAGUCUUGUUAAAGACGCCAAUUUUUCUUCAAAACAAUUUGGGACACAUGAAACAAAAGAAAUUAAUAUUAAUGGAAGAAUACAAUUCGAUGUUUACGAUCUAAUUAAAAGAGAUUAUAGAUUAAAAUCGUAUACAUUAAACUAUGUGUCAUUUGAAUUCUUAAAAGAACAAAAAGAAGAUGUGCAUUAUAGCAUAAUGAACGAUUUACAAAAUGAAAAUUCGGAAUCACGUAAACGUAUAGCCACUUAUUGUAUUAAGGAUGGUUUAUUACCCUUACGGUUAAUUGAUAAAUUAUUAUUUAUUUAUAAUUAUGUAGAAAUGGCUAGAGUUACUGGUACACCAUUUGUUUAUCUAUUAACUAGAGGGCAACAAAUUAAAGUUACUUCACAAUUAUAUAGAAAAUGUAAAGAAUUAAAUUAUAUUAUCCCUAGCACAUAUAUGAAAGUUAAUAAUAAUGAUAAAUUUGAAGGUGCUACUGUUUUGGAGCCAAUAAAAGGUUAUUAUAUAGAACCUAUUUCGACUCUUGAUUUUGCAUCUUUAUAUCCAUCUAUUAUGAUCGCCCAUAAUUUAUGUUAUUCUACACUCAUAAAAAAUAAUGAUGAAAUUUCUGACCUAAAUAAAAAUGAUAUAACAACUGUACCAGGAAAAAAUAAUUUUAAAUUUGUUAAAGGUAAUGUAAAACGGGGUGUAUUGCCAUUAAUUGUCGAAGAAUUAAUAAGAGCCCGAAAAAACGUAAAAGCUAUGAUGAAAAAUGAACAAAAUCCAAUUACAAAAAUGGUGCUUAAUGGAAGACAAUUAGCACUUAAAAUAUCAGCAAAUUCAGUUUAUGGAUAUACUGGUGCAGCGGCUGGAGGUCAAUUGCCUUGUUUAGAAAUAGCUACCUCAAUUACUACAUUCGGUAGAUCUAUGAUAGAAAAAACAAAAGAAACCGUUGAAUCAUAUUAUUGUAAAAACAAUGGGUUUGAACACAAUGCAACUGUUGUAUAUGGUGAUACAGAUUCUGUAAUGGUUAAAUUUGGAACAAAUGAUGUUGGAGAAGCAAUGAGAUUAGGUAAAGAUGCAGCAGAAAGAAUAAGUAAAGAAUUUUUAAAUCCUAUUAAAUUAGAAUUCGAAAAAGUAUAUUGCCCAUAUUUAUUACUUAAUAAAAAGAGAUAUGCCGGCUUAUUAUACACUAAUCCAAAUAAGCAUGAUAAAAUGGAUUGUAAAGGUAUUGAAACCGUUAGAAGAGAUUUUUGUAUACUUAUACAACAAAUGAUGGAAACCGUUUUAAAUAAAUUAUUAAUAGAAAAAGAUUUAAAUAGCGCUAUCGAGUAUACAAAAAGUAAAAUUAAAGAUUUAUUAACAAAUAAUAUAGAUAUGAGUUUAUUAGUUGUAACCAAAUCAUUAGGAAAAACUGAAUAUGAAACUAGAUUGCCACAUGUUGAAUUAGCAAAAAAAUUGAAACAACGAGAUGGUGCUACGGCCCCAAAUGUUGGGGAUAGAGUUAGUUAUAUCAUUAUAAAAGGUACAAAAGGGCAAGCACAAUAUGAAAGAGCUGAAGAUCCAUUAUAUGUAUUAGAUAAUAAUUUAUCAAUAGAUCAUAAUCAUUAUCUAGAUGCUAUCAAAAAUCCACUAUCUAGAAUAUUUGAAGUUAUUAUGCAAAAUUCAGACUCUUUAUUUUGUGGAGAACAUACAAGGCAUAAAACUAUCCUAACGUCAAGCCACACAGCUUUAUCAAAAUUUCUUCAAAAAACUAUUAGAUGCAUAGGUUGUAAUAGCUCAAUUAAAAAACCACCAUUAUGUAACCAUUGUAAAACGAACAAAGAAUUCUCUAUCUAUAUGCAAAAAAUCAAAGAUCUAAAACUUAAACAAAAUGAGUUUUUUCAACUAUGGACCGAAUGCCAAAGAUGUCAGGGAAAUUUACACAUAGAUGUCAUUUGCAUGAAUAGGGAUUGCCCCAUAUUUUACAGGAGAGCAAAAAUUAAGAAGGAUGUAGCAAAUCUUCAAGAACAAGUUGCAUCCCUCAAAACUGAAUGGUAA